AUGCCUAUCUUUGUUGUCGAUGCCACAGCCAUGGCGGCUAGGCUUCCUCGCAACCUUCCACCCAACACCCGAGUCGAGGCCAUCAUCAUCGUCACGGAUCGCGCCAACAUGGAUCGCGCCAACAUGGAUGAUACCAUCGCCGUCGAGCUCCUGAGAGGGCUGUUUCGCGCUCUCGGAGCCGCGAUUAACAACGGCAACAAUGACAACGCUCCGAACCAGGCCACGCCGAACGCGGCGCCCGGCGGCCCCUAG